GCCGCUGACGCCACCAAAGGGCUGUUGUUCAGUCUUCUGUCAAAACAAACCGCGAUACACGCCAGAGUCGCUUUGAUUGCUCAAAUGUUUCAUUGUAUAUUUGUGUUUUGAUGUAAAUAAAAAGAUUACUGCAGCGGAAUGUUUGAACUCCGAUGAAGCGCGAGGCUCAAAGGCAUCUCUGAGCUCCACCCUUCUCAUGAUCCUUGUUUGUCCACACCAUCUGAGUGGCGUUCAACAUCCUGGAUGAAGCACUACAGCUCUUUUCAUGAUCCUUAACUGAUGGUGUUUUGGUGGAGCUGAAGGACAGCAGAUCUUGGAUCUUCUGAUGGAGCGGGUGACGGGUAUCUGCUGGUAUGCCGCCCUGCGCUCUUGUUUUCCCAUACUCACCUGGCUGCCCAGGUAUAACCUGACCUGGCUGAAGAUGGACCUGAUCGCGGGUCUGACGGUGGGUUUGACCGCGGUUCCUCAGGCUCUGGCCUACGCGGAAGUGGCCGGUUUACCUGUGCAGUACGGCCUGUAUUCUGCGUUCAUGGGUGGUUUCAUCUAUUGUGUAUUUGGGACAUCUAAAGACAUCACGCUGGGCCCGACCGCCAUCAUGUCCCUGCUGUGUUCGGCGUAUAUCGGUGGAGAUCCUGUGUUUGCGGUGGUGCUCACACUGCUGUGCGGCGUCAUCCAGGCAGGAAUGGCUCUGCUGAGACUGGGUUUCCUCUUGGACUUCAUCUCAUAUCCAGUAAUUAAAGGCUUCACCUGUGCUGCUGCUGUCACCAUCGGCUUCAGUCAGGUCAAGAAUAUUCUGGGUCUGAAGGAGAUCCCACAGCAGUUCUUCUUACAGGUUUACUACACCUUCCACAAGAUCCCUGAGGCCAGAGCUGGAGAUGUGAUUCUGGGUCUGUGCUGUCUGUUCUUUCUGGUCAUGUUGACGCUGAUGAAGAAUUCUCUGGGUUCGUCUGAAGACGAGGCUCCUCUCCUCAUCCGGUCUGCCCGCAGGCUGGUGUGGAGUUUAGCUACUAUCCGGAACGCUCUGGUCGUCAUAGCAGCGACGGCUGUUGCGUAUUCCGCUGAGGUCGCCGGACACCAUUUCUUCAGUCUCACCGGGAUAACUGCCAAAGGACUGCCUCCUUUCAAAGCCCCGCCCCUUUCAGAGACUGUAGCCAAUGACACGGUGAUUACUUUCAGUGACAUCGCGAAGGAUUUAGGCGGCGGUCUGGCUGUUAUUCCUUUAAUGGGCGUCUUAGAGAGUAUCGCUAUUGCGAAGGCUUUCGCCAGCAAGAAUAACUACCGAAUCGAUGCUAACCAAGAGCUCUUUGCCAUCGGUCUCACGAACAUCAUGGGCUCGUUUGUGUCGGCGUAUCCCGUCACGGGCAGCUUCGGAAGAACCGCUGUGAACUCUCAAACCGGAGUGUGUUCACCCGCUGGAGGGAUCGUCACAGGUGUGAUAGUGCUGCUGUCGCUGGCGUUCCUCAUGCCGCUCUUCUUUUACAUCCCUAAAGCGUCACUCGCUGCCGUCAUCAUCUGCGCCGUCAGUCCCAUGAUAGACUUCAGAGUGCCAGUCCAGCUCUGGAGAGUCAAGAGACUCGAUCUGCUGCCAUUCUUGGUGACGUUUGUGGUCAGUUUCUGGGAGGUGCAGUAUGGCAUUGUGGGAGGUGUGGUUGUUUCUGGAUUCAUGCUGUUGUAUAUCGUGGCCAGACCCAAAGUGAAAGUGUCUGAUCACGGUGUGCUGCUUCUGGAGCCGGACAGUGGGCUGAACUUCCCCGUGACAGAGCAUCUCAGCAGACUCGUGUACAAACACGCUCUUCACGCGUCUCCUGCACGCUGUCUGGUUCUGGACUGUUCUCACGUCAGCUCUAUAGACUUCACUGUCGUCCAUGAGCUCACUGAACUGCUCAAACAGAUCGAGCUGAGAGGAGUAUCGAUGAUCUUCGCUGGACUGAAGCCGUCGGUACUGAAGGUGUUGUUGACGGCUGAUCUUCCUGGUUUCCGACAUACAGACAGAGUAGAUGAGGCUCUGCAACUUCUGACAAGUAUCAAUCACUAUGAACAACAAUUCUAACAGCCAAUCACUGGCAAGAACUGAUCACAUGGCUUCGAGCCAAUCAGCACCUGAAUACCUCAAACCCUCUGAUGAUUGGUCGCCUGAAAUAUUCUGCGCACACCUUUGACCAAUCAGCACUCAGGAAGAGACACUUUGAUGAAAACUGAUGGGGAACAAAGUUACAUAAAGUUUGUGUACAUGACGACCAAAUGAUGCUUUUGCACUUAAAACUAUUUUUAGGUAAUUUGUUUAUUUUUUAUUUUGUAUUAAACUGAAUCCCAUGUAAUUUUAGGAACAUGCACUUAUUCUCAACACUAAAGAAUCAAAUCUUAAGCAUUUUGGGUUAAAAAGCACUAAAAAUCAGACUGGUCUCUCAAAACAUAAAAUAUAUUACAUUAAUCAAGAUAAUUCUCUUUCUCUGCAGUUUAUUGUAGUACUUUUAUUAGUUUAGUAUGUUUACAUUUAUUGUUUGUAGAUGAAACUGAAUCUCCAUUAGGACACAGAUGUUUGGACUCUUUUGGACUGACAAAGAUUAAACAACAGACAAACACUGAAAUGUCUCUUUUGACAUUAAACUGAUAU